CUAUAAAUAAGAUCAUUGGCAUUCAUGUAAAUGAGCAAAGAAAAGUAGAUAAUCUACCAAGUUCAUCACUCCAAAAAGUUUUCUGCACAAAGAUCAGUCAAACAUGUUGUCUUACUACAAAGUUGCCGUCGUUGCAUUUUUUAUGCUUACUGCCUCAGCUAUGGCAAUGACAGGUGCAAAAAUUCAACCAAUAACAAGCACACAAACAGUGAGUAAUGGACUGUUGGAGGCAGAAAUAAAAGCAUUGACAGCACUUAAACAAGUUGAGAAGGCAAUAAGCUUAGAUUUGAAGCAAAAAUUGAUGGGAGAAGAAGAGUGUGCUCCAUCAGGCCACAUUUGUUCCGGUUUUGGACCUCCAGAACAGUGUUGCUCCGGUGCUUGUGUUCCUCAUCCUAGGCUUAGGAUUUUUGUUUGCGCAUAAUCAACAAAACUAAUAUGGACUAUGGAGUACUCGUUCGUGCACCUUCUCUCUGUUAUGCUCUUUGAGUUGGAAAAUUAAUGUGGAGUCUGUAGUGUAAGAAUAAAACGAUCUUUAAGUCUAUAACUAGCUAAAUCUCCUAAGGGAUCUUGAAGUUUUAAGUGUUAGAAAUAAGAGUAGAUGGUCUCUUAAGUAUUAGGGACAUUAUCCUUGUAAUAUUUUCAGUUUUAUGUUUAAUCAACCAGAUUCCACUAAUAUUGAUUUGGAA